AAAAAAGAAAAAACUUGCUCUUAUCAGCCAUUAAUAUUCAAUAUUGGAGUGAAGAAAUACCAACUUCUUACUAAGCUACUGUAAUCUUGGUCUUCACCAAUAUAAAUCUUUGUCCAUACAGAAAUAUGAUGUUGUGGAGGAUAAAAAGUUCAGAGAGAAGGGAUGCAUGUUUGAUUAAGCAAUGUGGACUGUUGAAUAUCCCUCUCAGUCUCUCACUGUAUGCUGAUAAAAAUAACUGAGAGUCAGUUCUAAAGGGAGAGUAGUUAGAGGAGACAAUCUUAUAGCAUUAAUUGGUGGUCAUGGAUCAAUCGGAGCAGGCACAACAGCAGCCGCAAAAUCAUGCAGCAGGAGUUGCUGCCGGCCCUGGCCAGAUGGCCUAUUCUACUCACUACCAGACUGCUCCCAUGGUAGCUUCUGGAACACCUGCUGUAACUAUACCUUCCUCAGCACAGCCUCCAGCCCCGUUCUCAAAUUCCCCUCACCAAAUUGCUUACCAGCAAGCACAUCAUUUCCACCAUCAAAAGCAGCAGCAGCAGCAACAGCAGCUUCAGAUUUUUUGGGCUGACCAACUGCGAGAAAUUGAGCAAACGACUGACUUCAAGAAUCACAGUCUUCCACUUGCUAGGAUAAAGAAAAUAAUGAAAGCUGAUGAGGAUGUCCGGAUGAUUUCAGCAGAGGCCCCAGUCAUAUUUGCGAAAGCAUGUGAAAUGUUUAUCCUGGAGUUGACUCUGCGCUCAUGGAUCCACACAGAAGAAAACAAGAGGAGAACACUGCAGAAGAAUGAUAUAGCUGCUGCAAUUUCAAGGACUGACGUAUUCGAUUUCUUGGUUGACAUUAUCCCAAGAGAUGAGUUGAAAGAAGAGGGGCUUGGAGUAACAAAAGCUACAAUUCCGGUUGUAGGUUCCCCAACUGAUAUGCCAUAUUAUUAUGUCCCACCACAGCAUCCUGUAGGACAUACUGGGAUGAUCAUGGGAAAACCAGUUGACCAGGCAGCACUAUAUGCUUCACAGCAGCCUCGACCUCAUAUGUCUUUUAUGCCGUGGCCUCAAACACAACCAUCACAACAGCCACCGCCACCUGAUCAGCAACAAACAGACACUUGACAACUAUGGCCAAUCAAAUUAGAAAACAGAAUGCGUCUUCUGAUUGCUAAUGGUUAACUUCUAAGGCUUUUAUGCAGCAGUAGUUUAGUCUUCUUCAUUGGCAACUGCGAAGUCCUUGCCAUAUAUGCAGUGCUUGCAUUGCAUUAAAAUGGUGCUUGUAUGAGCUCUGAUCUUUGAGCAUUUUAUAUGGCUGAGUUUGGUUUCAGUAAUUGGUUUGGUAGUUACACUAGUUUGGGGUAGUUCUCAUGUAGAGUUUAGGAAGUCGGAGGUUGAUGGGAAAAAGGGUCUAUUUUGCGCUGUAAUUUUUAUGGAGGCUGGUUGAUUUCUACAUUACAUUUUAUUAUGAUGGAUAAUUUUCGAUCUCGUGAUUCAGGUCCUCUCAGUU